AUGGUAGACGUUGUUGUUCUUUUGGUCAUAAAAAAGAUAGGAAUAGCUGUGGCAUGCGAAACACUAAAGUUAGCCAAACCCUUGCUUGGAAAGAAUUCUGAGUUGCAAAUGGCACUUCCAGAUAACAUGAAACUGAUAAAAGAUGAACUUGAGAUUAUCAAUGCAUUUCUUAAAGAAAUUGGCAUGAAAGAUUGCAAUAGUGAAGUCAUACAAACUUGGAUAAGGCAAGUCCGACGGUUGGCUCAUGAUAUGGAAGACAUUGUGGAUCAAUUUAUGUAUCGUAUCAGUGAGUACCAACAGAGAGACACAUGGAAUUGUGUGAAGAAACUUUUCAAGAGACACCCGUCUUUAUUUUCACUUGAUGAAAUUGCCAUAAGAGCAGAUAUAAUAAACAAAGAAGUUGUGGAACUUUCAAAAAGAAUAAGUCGUUGGGCCCAACCAAUAACUGGUAUGAAUUUUAUUCCAGCUGUAAACUGUGACAGCGAGCAGCAACUAUAUCAUCCUGGACAUGAUCAUUCAAUCAAUGACAAUGAACUUGUAGGAAUUGAUAAAAAUAGAGAAAUCUUGAUCAAUUCACUGCAUCUGGAAGAUCCCCCUCUUCGGAUCAUUGCUGUUUGGGGUAUGGGUGGCCUUGGGAAAAGCACCCUUGUCAAUAAUGUCUACAAAAAUGAAGAGGUAAUUUCCAAGUUUAAUUGCCAUGCAUGGGUUUCUAUCUCCCAAUCAUAUAAGAUAAAUGAUAUUUGGAGAAACAUGCUGAAAGAAAUUCAUGGAAAUGACAAUAGAGCAUUUGAUGCUGGAAGUAUAGAUAGUGCAGAACUAAGAGUGAGGCUGACAAAAAUUCUGGAGAAAAAGAGGUACUUGAUUAUAUUGGAUGAUGUCUGGACGGCUGAAGUUCUUUUUAAAAUUAGAGAGAUUCUUGUUGAUAAUGGCCUAGGAAGUAGAGUGAUAAUCACGACAAGAAUUGAGGAAGUAGCUUCAAUAGCUGAGGCUGGUUGUAAAAUCAAGGUUGAGCCUUUAAAUGACCAUGAUUCAUGGCUUCUAUUUUGCAAGAAGGCAUUUCCAAAAACUAAAAAUUAUAUUUGUCCCCCAGAACUACAUCAGUGUGGUAAAGACAUAGUGGAGAAAUGUGAUGGUUUACCAUUAGCUCUUGUAGCAAUAGGGAGUUUAUUGUCCCUCAAAAUAAGGAAUAAUAAAGUAUGGAGGUUUUUUUACUAUCAACUCAUUUCAGAGCUACACAACAAUGAGAACUUAAACCAUGUGGAAAAAAUUCUAAAUCUAAGCUACAAGUACCUGCCAGACAAUUUGAAGAAUUGUUUCUUAUAUUGUGCUAUGUUCCCAGAAGACUAUCUGAUCCAUAGAAAAAUAUUGAUUAGAUUGUGGAUCAGCGAAGGGUUUAUUGAACACAAAGAAGGAUGCAGCUUAGAAGAUGUUGGUGAAGUAUAUCUGACAGAACUCAUUCAGAGAAGCAUGUUUCAGGUUGUAGCAAGGAACAGUUUUGAUAGGAUACAAUGUCUCUGUAUGCAUGAUCUUGUUCGUGAACUGGCCAUUUACCAAUCAAAAAAAGAAAAUUUCUGUGCAAUUUAUGAUGACACUGGGGUGGUUCAGGUGGGAUUACAUCCUCGUCGUGUAUCGGUACUCCAGUGCAACAAUGGCAUUCAAUCCAGCAUGGAUCCAUCCAGGCUUCGCACCUUUAUAGCAUUUGACACCCGCAUGUCAUCAUGUUCAUGGUAUUCUUUUAUUCCAUCUGAGUCUAAGUACCUUACAGUAUUAGACUUAUCCGGCUUGCCUAUUGAGGAUAUUCCUAGUUCAAUUGGGGAGCUAUUCAACCUUAGGUAUCUGUGCCUAAAUGACACAAAUGUGAAGGAACUCCCUAAAUCUAUUACAAAGCUCCACAAUUUACAAACAUUGAGCCUUGAACGCACACGUGCACUGAAUUUUCCACACGGGUUUUCUAAACUGAAGAAAUUGCGUCACCUCCUUAUUUGGAAAUUGCUAGAUGCAACGUAUAGAAGUUUCCAUAAUUGGGAAUCUAUGGAGCCAUUUGAUGGCUUCUGGUAUUUGAAGGAAUUGCAAUCUUUGAACGAAGUUCGAGCAACUAAAAUGUUUGUUGCAAAACUAGUUGAUUUAUCCCAGCUGAGAUCUCUUACCAUUACUUAUUUGAGAAGUAGCCAUUGUGCACAACUGUGCAAUUCUUUAUCGAAGUUGCACCAUCUUACAAAAUUACACAUAAGAGCCAUCAACGAAGCUGAGCUCCUCCUGCUUGAAGAUUUGACAUUGCAAAAUCCUCUUGAAAAACUAGAAUUGGUAGGGCGGUUGUCUGAAGGAACUUUGGAAUCUCCCUUUUUCUCUACUCACGGAAGUCAACUACUGCUAAUGGAGCUAGCAUGGUGUCAGUUCAUAGAUAGUCCAGUGCCACAGCUUUCUGAAUUGUCAAAUUUAACUGAAUUACGUCUUACAAGGGCAUAUACUGGACAACAGCUAAACUUCCAUGGCAAGAUGUUCCAAAAGCUGAAGAAGGUAGUCUUGUGGGAUUUGCCGCAGGUCAAUCAAAUAUGCAUACAUGAGGGAUCUUUGGUCAGCCUUGAAUAUCUUCACAUUGAUAGCCUCAAGAAAUUAUGGGACGUACCUCUUGGUAUCCAAUUUCUCAAUUCUAUCAAAGAAGCAUACUUUACUAGGAUGCAUUCUGAAUUUGCGAGGAAUCUUCAAAUGGGAAAGCUAGAUCAAAUUCCCAAGGUCUACUGGUCAACAGAAGGCAAGUGGAAUCAACUUCCCAACCAAUAUAGCUUUAUGCUUGCACCUUUAAUAUGUAUGAUGUUUAUCGGCUAA